UCGGAGGUGGGAGAGCGCUACACCGGGACGGGACUGGGCUGGACCCGAGUGGGUUAAACCGGACUUAAGCUAAGCGGUUUCAGCACGCGAUGGCCGGCCGCAGCCAGGAGCGCAGCCUGCGGGAGGAGCUGACCUGUGCCAUCUGCUGCGAGCUGUUCAGCGAGCCCGUCAUGCUGGACUGCAUGCACCACUUCUGCAGGGGCUGCAUCCAGCAGUACUGGGACAGCUGCGCCCACGGCCCCUCGUGCCCGCAGUGCCGCCGCCGCUGCCCCGGCCGCGCCUUCCGCACGCACUACCUGCUGGCGGGGCUGGUGGAGAAGCUGCGGCGCUGCGGCUCCCCGCAGCACCGGCAGAGGAUGCAGAAGCACCUGGAAGAUGCUUUGCAAGCUCGUCAGAAGGAGAUGGAGCACUUGCUGCAGAGGAAGCGUGUGGUGCAGGAGGACAUCUGCAGCCUGACGAAAGUGUCUGGGGAGCUGAACUUCAAGAUUCGGGCUGAGUUUGCUCGCCUUCAUCAGAUCCUGGAGGAAGAGGAGAGAGCCGUGCUGGCAGAGCUGGGUGAGAAGGAGGAGCAGUCACUGGCCCAGCUGCACAGGCACGUUGGCCAGCUGGAGGAGGGGGUGGCAGUGCUGCAGAGGGACAUCGAGCACGUCAAGCAGACCCUGAGCAAGAUGGAAGAUGUGUCACUGCUGGAGGUGGAGAGCCUGGAUAUCAGGCCCUCGGUGCGUGUUGAGAGCCAGCCUGCCCUGGACCUGCAGCACUACAGGGACAGCCACAGUGGUCCCUUGCAGUACAUCUUCUGGAGGCAGAUGCUGCGCUCCCUCUGCCCUGCUCCUGCUCCGCUCACCUUUGACCCUGAGUCAGCCCACCCCAACCUGGUGUUCUCCAGGGACCUGACAGCAGUGACAGAGAGGAGUCGAGCGCAGCCUGUCCCCAUCAGCCCCCGGCGCUUCCGGCAGUGUGUCAACGUGCUGGGCUCGCAGGCCUUCGACUGCGGCCGCCACUACUGGGAGGUCUGGGUGGGCAGCAAAACCAAGUGGGACCUGGGGGUGGCUGCUGACACUGUGGACCGGGCAGCCAAGGUCAAGCUGUGCCCAGAGAACGGCUACUGGACGCUUCGCCUGAGGAACAGGACAGAGUACUGGGCCACUGCCACGCCCUGGGUGCGCCUGGCUCCCCGCCAGCCCCCACGGAAAGUGGGCGUCUUCCUGGACUGCCAGGAGGGCACUGUCACCUUCUUUGAUGCUGGGGACAUGUCCCACCUCUACACCUUCCACCAGGUCUCUGCCAAGAGAUACUGCCCCUUCUUCAGCACCUGCUUCAGUGACGGGAGGGACAACGUGGAGCCCAUGCGCCUCUGUCACCUGGCGCUGUGAGGGACACCAGCCUGGCUCCUGCCCCGGGCUGCACUGCACACCAGUUCUGCACACACAGCCUGAUGGGUGUUGGAGGAGCUGUUUGGUUUCAGUUUUGGAAGGAAGGAGAGGAUGAGUCUCUUCCCAGAUCCUGUCUGCCCUCCCUGCCCUGUGCCAUGGCUGUGGUUGCCACAAGGCAUUCCAGAGGUUCCUGGUAUCCCUAGAACAGCCUCCCAUUCCUGAGCACAGUUCAGUGGGGGCUGCAGGGGAGCUGUGGGUUGCUGGAACUCCUGCCUCUCUGUGCUGCCACCCAUUUGCCCAGUGGAGGAGGGCAGGGGUCCUGGGGCACCCUUGGG